AUGAAUUACGAUUCAGAGGAAAAGAAGAAUAAUAUCAUUCAAUCACAAACUCUCUCUUCAGAUGAGAUAGCAAUUUCUAAUCCAAAGAAAUUCGUAUAUGAUGGUGAAGCCAGGCAAAGAAGACUCGAUGGCGGGGUAAAGCUCAGAGACGUGUUUAUCAUUCUUUGUGCCGGAUUUGCACUCAUAUCUGAUGGUUAUCAAAAUAACGUCAUGACUAUGUUAAACUCGGUAUUCACUCAAAAGUAUCCGAAAGAGUACACAGCUGAUAUGAAGACCAGUGUUUCUUAUGCCUCUACAGUUGGUACCAUAUUUGGUCAAGUUGUAAUUGGUUUCGCGGCUGACUACAUGGGCAGAAAGUGGUCGAUUAUAGUUGCAACAUUAUUUUUAAUUCUUGGAACCUGUAUGUGUGCAGCAUCUCACGGUAAGACCAUCGAUGGUAUGCUUUGGAUGUUAAUUAUUUCCAGAGGAGUCACAGGAUUUGGUAUCGGAGCUGAGUACCCAUCAUCUUCUGUAUCUGCUAGCGAGGCUGCAAAUGAGUCUGUCAAGAAAAGAGGGUUGGUUUUUGUUUUAUGUACAAAUUUCCCUUUGAGUAUGGGAGGUCCAAUUGCCUUAUGUGUCUUUUUGAUUGUAUACCAAAUUACAUCUAACCUUGAUGCAGUUUGGAGGACCAUGUUUGCUAUAGGUGCUUUUUUUCCAUUAUCCGUGUUUUACUUUAGAUUGAAAAUGGUUACAUCUUUACUUUAUAAAGAGUCUGCGAUCGUCAAACAAAGGGCUCCAUAUCUCCUUACUAUCAGAUUUUACUGGAAAAGAAUGAUUGGUACUUGUGUCUCGUGGUUUCUUUACGAUUUUGUAACGUUUCCAAAUGGUGUUUUUUCAGCAGGUAUUAUCUCUAAAGUCAUUAAUGAUACUUCUGACUUACAAAAAGUUGCGGAAUGGAAUCUCUUAUUACUGUCAAUAGCAAUCCCAGGUGUGUUUGUUGGUGGGUUUUUAAUGGAUAGAAUUGGUAGAAAGUAUACACUUAUGCUUGGUUUCGGUGGUUAUAUUGUAUUUGGACUUAUUGUUGGAUGUGCAUAUGACAAGUUAAAGGCUAUUGUACCCUUAUUCAUAAUCUUCUAUGGACUCAUGCAGUCCUCUGGUAACAUGGGUCCUGGUAAUUGUAUGGGUUUAGUUUCUGCUGAGAGUUUUGCAUCACCUGUCAGAGGAACAUUAUACGGGCUCUCUGCAGCAAUUGGUAAAGUCGGUGCAGUCGUUGGCACAAAAACAUUCACACCAAUUCAAACAAAUUUGGGAGAUAGAUGGACUUUUAUCAUUGCAGCCAUUUGUGGACUUGCGGGUAUCACUGUCGCUUAUUUCUUCGUUCCCCAUUUGAAAGAGGGCGAUCUUCUCGAACAAGAUAUUUUAUAUAAGAAUUACUUAGUUGAGCAUGGCUGGAAGGGCCAUUUUGGUUUAGAGAAGACUACCGAUGAUGACCUCGAGAGCGACACUGUUGAUGACUUCGAAUCCAAGAAGUAG